AUGCGCCUUGUGUGGACGGGAAGACUCGACCGGACAAUUGCCUUUUCGAGAGAGAGCAGCUCUGCUGAUGGCGCGCUUAAACGUACUGCUCGGCGUGCGAGUCGCAGUCGUGCACGCUCUUUCAUCCUCCUCCAUCUCCUCAUCGCCGUGCUCGUCACUGUCAUUCACGACGAUCAGCACCUGUGCUCGUCGUUGUGCUCGACGGCCAUGUCCUUUGUCACCUGCGUCGUAAAACCGGCCGCCUACGUCUCCCUUCCUCUCUUCGCCCUGCAUACCCUCUCCAAAUCCUCCGCAAUCGCCCGCUACUAUGUCCGGAUCGCGUUAUUCCUCUCCACACUCAGCGUGUGCUCCGUAUGGGGCAUCUUGGCUGCCCUUGGGUUGUCCGUCGUAGGACGCCGCCUCGAUACCUCCUGGGUCGUUGCACGCAGCUUCUACUACCUGUGCAACCGGGCAGUCGGAAUCCGUUUCAUCGUCGAGGGCGGGGAGCAUCUCGAGACCCGACCCGCGGUCCUUGUCGGAAACCACCAGAGCAUGCUCGACAUCCUCUACAUCGGAAGAAUAUUCCCCCGACGCGCGUCGAUCAUGGCGAAAAAGAGCCUGCAGUGGGUUCCCCUUCUUGGCCAGUUCAUGACGCUCUCCGGCGCGGUCUUCAUCGAUCGCGGUAACAAUGCCAAGGCCGUUCGUUCGCUCACUGCUGCGGGAGAGAUUAUACACGCGCGCCAUAGUUCUCUUUGGGUAUUUCCAGAGGGCACGCGUUCCAUGCGCGAGUACCAUGACAUGCUGCCACUCAAGAAGGGCGCGUUCCACACUGCCGUGCAGGCCGGUGUGCCUAUCAUACCCGUCGUAUGUGAGAACUACUGGAGAUUGUAUCACAAGGGUGUCUUCGAGAGUGGCACGCUCAAAGUACGCGUUCUUCCACCCAUUUCUACAGAGGGCCUUACUGCUGCCGAUGUCUCCGCCCUUGCUGUGCACGUACGCGAGCUGAUGAUCGUAGCUUUACGCGAGAUAUCAGUCCCCGCAGCGUCCGACAAGAAAGCGGAACCCUCAUCAGCGUCAGAGCCAUCUCUAGCAACAGCGCCGUCAGAAGAAUCCGAGCCACAUCAUGUAGAGCCCGCCGAAUCGUCCGUCAUUUCCUCGCACCCCGUCGAACCCACAGAUCACCCCGAGCCGGAGUCCCAGUCCCAGUCCCAUUCUCGUGCAGAGAGCCGUGCGGAGAGCUACGCGUCUGAGGAGACCUCAGCAUCAUUAGUGGGAAGCAGGAUAGACGGGAGCGAGACCGGUACCGAGACUGAGGAAGACGAUGGCAUGGUGCUUGUUGGGCAUCCAAGUAGCGGCUCCACGUGA